AUGGUGAGCAGCAAACCGAAGUGGUGGCUGGGGAGCACCGGCAGCAUGCCCCCCUUGUCGUCGCAGUGCGUCACGCCGGGGAUCGGCUCCACGCCGACCAUCUCGACGCUGUCCAGCUUGAAGUCCCUCAGCCUGCACAAGAACCUGUCCGGCCUCUUCCUGAUCUCCGGCUUGAGCCACCCCUUCAGCAUCGGGUUCGCCGCCACGUCGUACGUCCACCCACCCGGGCCUCAGCCGGAGCGGCCUGUCGAGGUCUUCGUCCCAGCUGAAAUCACCUCCGAGCACCACGUCCCCGUGCCCGUGUUACGAUCUAUCCAGCGAAUUCUAGAGGAAGUGGAAGAACAGAGUAAGAACGGGAGGAACAGAGGAGGAAAUGUCAAAAUAGAGAAGAAGGUUUGAUUUGGGGAAUAGUUUUGUGUUUUGUGUUUACACUUUCGAC